AUGGAGUAUUCAAAGGCGAGACCACCGAGUCCGCAGAGAACUUCCGAAGACUAUAGUUCCGAGGAGGUCCCAAGCCGAGACCCCGCUAUUCGUCUGCUCUUCCAGAGAAUUCAGAAGAUGGAAGACGACCAAGCCCGGUCCCAGGAAUCUGAUUGGGGGAAACUUCAGUCGGGACCCUUUACCGAGCGCAUCAAGAAGUACAGGCAGGACAGGGAGGUACAGCCGUUGCGCAUACCGUUCUACACCGACGUGGAGGACCCCUUGACGCACCUUCACUCUUUUCAAUCGGCAGUUGGAUGCAAGGGCCUCAGCGAUGAGGGGCAAUGCCUGUUGUUCCCAUCCUCCCUUACCGAAGCCGCUUUGAACUGGUUCUACCGUCUUGAGCCAGGAAUGGUAGACUCGUUUGACGAACUGAAGCAGAUUUUUCUCAAUCACUUCAUGAUCCAGACAAACUAUUUGUACUCCGCCGGCGAUCUGUACACGAUUCGGCAGAGAGAAGACGAACCUCUACGGGAAUACGAUGCGCACUUCAGUCAUGAAUACUCGAGGUAUCCGGAAAUGGAUGAUAGGGCAGCCUACGACGCCUUCAAGAGUGGCCUUCGGUCCUCUUACUUUCGGUAUCUCGUGCAUAGUAGCAACUAG